AUGGCAAGAUCGGUGGCUCAGAUCCAACCACGCGGCCGCCUCCGCCUACGCCGUCGCCUCCGAAGCCCCCAUUGGCGAUUCGUCCUCUGCCCCUCUCUCUCUUUCACAGAGAAACGGCUCCGCUUGGCUCUCUAUGACGAACCGCGCCUCUGCCGUCGCCUCCCAAAGCCCCUUUGGCGAGCCCUCGGUGGAGGAGCUGGCGCUGGUGGUGAUGGUGGGGUCAAGGUGUGCGCGUUCGACAAUCGUAGUACCGGUCGGAGUUCUGUGCCCGUCGACAUGUCGGAGUACACGACAAAGAUUAUGGCGAAAGAUGUGAUUGCUGUACUCAAUCACCUGGGAUGGGAAAGAGCUCAUGUCAUUGGCCAUUCAAUAGGAGCUAUGAUCGCUUGCAAGUUGGCUGCCAUGGUGCCCAACAAAGUUUUAUCUUUAGGAUUGCUCAACGUGACUAGUGGAGGCUAUGAAUGUUUCCCAAAGCUAGACCGGCGAACCAUCUCAAUUGCAAUCCGCUUUUUUAGGGCUAAAACUCCGGAACAAAGGGCUGCUGUUGAUUUGGAUACCCACUGCUCAAAGGAAUAUCUUGAGGAAUAUGAUGGAUCUAGCACCCGGAGGGGCAGUACUCCACCAAGCAUGACGUUGUUGCUCAAAUAUGCCAUGCAAGGAGUCUGGCAAAGAAAUUAAAGCAUGUUGCUAGAAUGAUGAAGCUUGAUGGAGGGCACCUAGUGAGUCAUGAGAGGACUAAAGAGGUUAAGGACUCUGGCUGUGGCAUACAGCCACAAGAUAUUUCUCAAAUAUUUACCAGAUUUAUUCAUCCUCGAAGUGGAUCUAAUCGAGGUAGUGGCGGUGUAGGACUUGGACUUGCCAUUUGCAAAAGAUUUAUAAAUCUCAUGGGAGGUCACAUAUCCAUCGAGAGUGAAGGCCAUGACAAGGACACCGACAUCACUUUUGUCGUCAAACUACAGAAAUGCAGCAAUGCAAAUGACUCGGCAGCACACAAGAUUACACCUAGAGCUCAGUCUAGUCAUGGUUUGUGCCGAUUUUGCUCGGCACAAACCUCACAGAGAUACUGACAGAACGGUCCCCUCCAAUUCCUAGUAUCAAAGAAGUUUUUGAAGUCUCGAAUGCAAGUUGGCGUAUCCCAACGAGGUCUUCCCAAGAUACCUUUCAGAUGAAAAAUGGGUACUAACUGCGUAAUCCCUCUUCAUCUUGGAGGCCUGCACAUCUGAUACUUGAGUGAUACUUCAAAGCAUCAACUUUAUGUCUUGAUUAGAAAGGUCUCGAGGUUGUGAGUAAGAAGUCAUGCAGGGAGGCCCUUCUAUUUUUUUGUAAGUAAAAGAGUUUUUGUAUGAUCCAGUAAUUGUCAUAUACUACCGUAGGCGGAUUGGGAUGAAUACGCUAGAAUGCGAGGGACCCGACUCAAGUGUCCAAGCAGUCUUGUGAGUAUAACUUUUGACUGUUCCAGUAGAAUAACUGUUGUUCCC